AUGGUGACACAGUGGUUAGCACUGCUGCCUCACAGCAAGAAGAUUCUGUGUUCAAGCUCGGGCCGACCCGAUGCCUUCCUGUGCAGAGUCAGCACCACACCAACACUGGGAUACCCCGGUUAUAGAGUUCCAUACUAUGAGGCUCAAGAUCAAAUACUGUCUAUGGCUCAACCUCCCUCUCCUGAUACUGCAACAGUCAGCUUCCUGGAGGUGGUGAAGAAGAAUGACCCACUUCCCUGUGACAAAGAACAGGACAUCUUCAUCCGGUACACUAUAGUUGGAGAGGUUCACAGAUUUGUGGAUUUGAUGUAUCUGGUCUUGUCCAGAGGAGCUAUCUCUCUGCAAGGACUUAAAAGGUUACAAAUCGGUGAUAAAUCAGUAACUGAGGGUGAGGUGUCCUUCAAGUUGAAAGUGUCUCCAAAGAUGGCGCCAGUUGUUCAGAUUGUCGCUUACGUCGUCCUGCCCAGUGAGACGGUGAUCGCCAACAGUGCUGACUUCCCCACUGAGAAAUGCUUCAGUAACAAGGUGUCGUUGAAGUUUACUCCAUCCUCAGCUGUCCCACAAGAAGCUGUCACCAUGCGGGUGACGGCUGUGCCGGGGUCUCUUUGUGGUGUGAGCAUUGUCGACAAGAGUGUCUUCAUUAAGGAACCAGGGACGGGUCUGGAUGCAGACAAGAUAUUCAACUUGCUGCCUGUGACCAGUGUAUCCUAUAUUCCAUAUGAAGUUCAAGAUCCUACAGAAUGUUUGACUGUGAGAGCCAAAAGAUCCAUUUUGCCACCAUAUCCUAGAGGUGGUGACAAUGUCGAUGCUUACACAAUUUUCCAGAAUGUCGGACUGAAGAUGGCAACAAACUUGUUAUUUCAGUUGCCUUCGUGUCUCAAGUUCAAAGGAAGAGUAUACCAACAAACCACUUUACACCACUACUAUGAUGCUGAGUACAGUGGUCUCCGUAUCCCUCCUUCACAUGCAGGUAUUGCCGCAGGUUUUUCUGUGGGUGCACGUAUUCCUGUGGUUGCAGCUGGCGGAUACACUGCUUCUCAACCUCCACCAGCAGUGACAGUCCGCACAUUCUUCCCUGAGACUUGGAUAUGGGACCUGGUGGAAGUUGGAGAAUCUGGAACAAAGGAUGUGUCCCUCACUGCCCCAGACACCAUCACCACCUGGGAGAUGGAGGCUUUCUGUUUGUCCCCUCACGGUUUUGGAUUAGCUCCUCGUAAGGAAAUCACCGUCUUCCAGCCCUUCUUCCUGGAGCUCACCCUGCCCUACUCCAUCAUCCGGGGGGAGCACUUCGUACUGAAGGCAACAGUCUUCAACUACUUGACCAACUGCAUCAUGGUCACUGUGACUCCGGAACCCUCUUCAGAUUACACCCUCACCCCCCUCUCUGGUGACCAGUACACAUCCUGUCUGUGUGGCAGUGAACGAAAGACCUUCAGCUGGACCAUGAACCCAUCGGUCUUAGGGACUGUGAAUGUGACUGUGACUGCUGAGGCUGUGGCAUCACAGGCUUUAUGUGACAAUGAGGUUGCGAGCGUGCCCGACAGAGGUCGUAUUGAUGUAGUCACAAAACCUCUCAUUGUAAAGGCUGAGGGAACUGAGGAGCAAAAGACCUACAACUGGUUGCUCUGUCCGAACGAAGAAGCUCUGACAGAGGAAAUGGAGAUACACCUCCCUGAGAAUGUGAUUGAUGGAUCUGCCCGUGCUUCAGUAUCAGUCCUGGGUGACAUCCUGGGCCGAGCCCUGAAGAACCUGGAUGGACUGCUGCAGAUGCCGUAUGGGUGUGGGGAGCAGAACAUGGCUCUCUUGGCCCCUAAUAUUUACAUCCUCCAGUACCUGACAAACACAGGGCAGCUGACCCCAGCCAUCAAGAAAAAGGCUACUAACUUCCUCAUCAGUGGCUACCAGAAACAGCUGAUCUACAAACAUGGUGACGGUGCUUACAGCACAUUUGGAUCAGGAGCAGGGAACACUUGGCUGACUGCUUUUGUGCUGAGGUCCUAUGUCAAAGCACAGUCUUUUGUCUACAUUGACCCAGAAACAAUUGAACAGUCUAAGACUUGGCUGGCGGACCAACAACAAGAAACUGGCUGCUUUCUACAGUCAGGAAAACUCUUUAAUAACAGAAUGAAGGGUGGUGUGUCUGAUGAAGUGACACUCAGUGCUUACAUCACUGCUGCCUUCUUGGAGAUGAAUAUGUCUGUGAAUGCUUCUGUUAUACACAAGAGCCUGUCCUGCCUCAAGAUGUCCAUUGAUGAUCUCAGCAACACCUACACUACAGCUCUGCUGGCGUAUGUCUUCACCCUGGCAGGAGACAUUGAGACCCGUGCUCACCUUCUUCAGCGCCUUGACACAGUUGCAUUAAAACAAGGAAGGUUCCUCCACUGGUCUCAGACCUCAGAAGAUGCAUCAGUCUCUCUGUCUGUGGAGAUCAGCUCCUAUGUGCUGCUGGCCAAACUCAGUUCCUCCCCUACAGCUGAAGACCUGGGCUACGCCUCUCACAUUGUCAGGUGGCUGACAAGCCAGCAGAACUAUUAUGGAGGCUUCUCCUCCACACAGGACACAGUGGCAGCUCUUCAGGCUCUGGCUCUCUAUGCCGCUCUGGUGUUCAGUCCAACGGGUUCGAGCACAGUGACGGUCCAGUCUCCCAGUGGCCAGCUGACAUUUGAUGUGAACCAGAAAAACAAACUGCUCUACCAGGAGAAGAUGCUGCAUGAUGUGGCAGGAAAGUACAGUCUGGAGGUGAAGGGUACUGCAUGUGCUUCAGUGCAGGUCUCGCUUCACUACAACAUCCCAACUCCUACUGUAGCCUCCACUCUCAGUGUGGAGGUCAAACCAGAGGCCAACUGCACCAGCAAAUCUCACAGACCCAAACUCACUCUGAAUCUUAACUCCCUAUAUAGUGGAAAUGAGAACACUACAAACAUGGUGAUCCUGGAUAUCAAAAUGCUCUCUGGGUUUGUUCCAGACCCACAGUCUUUGAAGAAGCUUGAACAUGCCCUGCUGGUGGAUCGUGUUGAACAAGAGGAAGAUCAUGUUUUGGUGUAUAUUGAAGGGUUAACUAAAGACAUACCAGUCAAUCACCAGAUAGAGCUCGUACAGGAGCUCCCGGUACAGAAUCUGAAGCCGGCUGUGGUCGAGAUCUAUGACUACUACCAGCCAAGUGACCAGGUUGAGACAGAAUACAUCUACUCUUGUGCUGCAGCUUGAAGACUGUUCUUUGAGAUUCAUG